CAUUAAGCUCGGCACUCUCACCAAAUCACAGUGUAUCAAUCUCACAAGAUCCCGCCUUUAUCCCACCGCUCUUCACUUCACCCCCGAUCCUCUUGUUCUUUUUUCUCUGAUCCAAACCCUAGAGUGGAAGAAAAUGAGCCGCCACCCAUUGACAAAGUGGGCACAGAGGUCUGACAAGGUUUAUAUUACCAUUGAACUGCCUGAUGCUAAGGAAGUAAAACUCUCUUUGCAACCAAAUGGACAAUUUCAUUUUUCUGCUACUACUGGAGCAGAGAAUGUGCCAUAUGAGAUUGAUUUUGAGUUGUAUGAUAAAGUUAAUGUGGAAGAAAGUAAAGCUGCUGUUGGUUUGAGGAAUAUUUGCUACCUUGUGAAGAAGGCAGAGUCAAAAUGGUGGAGUAGGCUUUUAAAGAAGGAAGGAAGGCCUCCUGCAUUCUUGAAAGUUGACUGGGACAAAUGGAUUGAUGAAGAUGAAGAGCAUGGAAACAAAUUUGACGAUGAGUUCGGUGGUAUGGACUUCUCGAAAUUGGACAUGGGUGGUGCAGAUGAUGAUUUUGAUCUUGAUGGUGCCAAAGAUGGGGAUGAUGAUGAAAUGGAUGAAAACAAGGCAGAAGAUGCUGCUGGAGAAGCUACCACAUCCGCCCAUGAUUCUGAGGCGAAACCAUGAAGUCUUCAAACAUCCAAGUUUCUUUUCUCUUGUUUAACCUUAAUUUUCAAGGUAAUAUCAGACCAUAAAUACCAUGUUUUAUCUAGGAUGUUAGGAUGUGAGUGAGUGUUCUGAACGCCCGUCUCAAAAUUUUCAUCUUAUUUCUGAUAUAUUUAUCACUUGACUUGAAAUGGAAGCAGAGCAGGUUUUAAAAAGGAUGGAUUUUAGAGUGUGUAAUGUUGGACUAGAGUGUUUCUUAUUGUCUUUAUGUUUUUUCACCCACCGGAAUUGACUUGUUAUAUAAAGGGAGAAGGGAGGGGAGAACCAUUCUCCAGAUUA